UCGAUUCAAAAGAACGAUUCAUUCACGAAUCGGACGUCGCUAGUCUGCAUUAUGACGCUGUUUGUGGGAAUACCGUACUCUCGAGGAACACCAACUCACAAAGCAUUACAGACUACAGAUUUAUUCGAUUAUGCUUUGUAAAUACAUCGGUAUUUCUUUGAUCUCGCUUUACGAAUAACUCUAUUUACUUUAGGGCAACGUUAGCAUAUUAGCCGUCCGGUUCUACGGCUUCUGUGUCCAAAUUGUUAUGUGUUAUGUGCUAUUAUCGACUAUUAUGCUUUUAAGCAUGAGCUACGAUAGAUGAUGUAUUCGUAUGAAUCACAUGGAGGUGAGCAGGAACACUUUCUGCAUUGAGAAGUGCUAGUUAGCCAGCUAGCUGUGUAGACUGAAGUGCUAUGCAUCAACUUGCUCCUGGUUCUGCUCACACUGGAACCGUCAGCUUUUGGACUGCUUACAUUGACAGAGACAUUUAGUUAUUAAAUGAGCCUAAAGCCCUGGCAUUUGCGUUACAUGGGAAAUUUGCAAUGUCGAGGAUUCUUCUGGUCCUGGUAAUGCUUGGAUGCACAGUUGCUGUUGAAGAUGUUCAUGCCUUUGAUGACCCGAUUACCAGACUUGUGAAUGAAAAACCAAAUGAGCGUUGUUUGGGUAGAGUGGAGGUGCGUCAUGGGCAUCAGUGGGGCACCGUGUGCCAGCGUGGUUGGGAUCUGGAGGAUGCCGCAGUGGUUUGUCGAGAGCUCGACUGCGGCUUCGUGUUGGACAUCCCAAGCGGCGCUCGUUUCGGACGGGCUGGCGGAGAGGUGCUGUGGAGAAAUGUGAAAUGCUCAGGUGACGAGUUUGCCCUGGAUCUGUGCGAACGCACCCUCAAUGAAGAUGUGUGUACGCACAGUGAGGAUGCUGGAGUGGAGUGCACAGGAAAACUUCUUGCACCCACCUUGUCGAUUCAGUCUCGCUUCUACACCUAUUCGGCCGGAGAGGCCGUCCAAUUUAAAUGCACUGCCCCGUACUGGCAGUCUGUCAUUGACUUCCAUCUGUACAAACGAGGUGUGGAUACUCCGCUAGUGACCCAGAGAGCCGAUCCCAGACAAAUGACGGUGGAUCUGACCCUGUCAGACUUGGAAAUCUCUCACCAGGGCAGCUAUAGCUGUCUCUACAGGAUACACACUAAACUGGGAAACUCUCCAUCAGGAUUUUCUCCACACAGCAACUUCAUUAACAUCACUGUCUUGGAGAUUCACACUCCUCAAAUCUGGUACAACACGUCUCCUGAGGCCCGGCCGGGUUGGGUGAUCCGGGGCCACAGUUUUAAUGUCACCUGCUCCACUCAGCCUCAGUAUCCAGGAGGAUCCUUUCAGCUGCGGCUCAUCAGGCCCAACGGGACCGUCCGGCACUCUCUGCCAGCCCUCGCUCCCUCCGUCACCUUUACUUUCUCCAAUGCCCAGUCCAGUAAUGAGGGCUACUACUGCUGUCUCUACAAGGUCCAGACUGGAGAGCGCACAUUUAUCUCGAGGGAGAGUCAACCUUUACCCAUCUCUAUUCGAGAAGUGGAUCCGGUGAUGAGCCCAGUGGUCAUCAGUUUACUAGUAUCUGGUUUGACGUUUGUGGUGGCGACGUGUGCCAUUCUGAUUGUUGCCAAAGUAUACUGCAAGAGAGUGAGCAAACCCACUGAACUGGAGCGUGAGAGUAGGACCUGUGUUGACAACACAUACAUUGCCUUGACAAUCAAAUAAUGGGAGUACAAAAAGAAGCAACUAGAAACUGGCCACUUGAUCGACCUGAGGUUGGUGUUUCAGUGGCCUGUCCAAACCAAAGGGUAGAUCUACGUUUGAAGAACCACAGAAACCGCCAUUUCCUACUAUCUGCCAUUCUCUGUCAGUUACAGAGAAACAUAUUUCAAUUGUCAUUGGUUGGAGGUUUUUCUUUCAGUGUUACUGGAGAUGGGAGAUUUUUUUUCUUUGUAAGUAAAUGCUGACAGAACUAGACUUGAAGCUAGGUGACAUUACAACACAAGCUGUUGCACUAACAAGGUUAAAAAGGGCUUUUUAGUUUAUAGAGGUACCACGUCUGACCCAUCCUGAGGUCUUCCCAUAUUGUUGCAGGUAAAGACUGUAAAACUGUGAAAUGUUUUUGGGUUUCUUCUUUAGUUUCUUUGUAUUCUCUAUGGGGCUUUAUAAGUUAAAUAUAUAUUUAUUGUUUUUUCUACUACAGUUGUUUUUAAAGAUCUUAUUUUUUGGUUAAUCACAGGUGGGAAAAGGGACAGACAGCCUAAGAACAACCUCUAUUACAUUAGGUCACUACAGGAACGGAAAAGUAUUAUUUCUUUGUGUAUUUUACCUGGUUUGUUCAUAUGUUCUCUUUGAAAUGAAAGUGGGCUCUCUGAACGCAUUAUAUUCCUGUUCUGAUGCUUAAACAGACAAAAGAACAAGUCCUCUGAUUUUUCUAAAACAGCACAGGAAAUAAUCCCUGUAUUUAGAAAUAUGACCAAUAAUUAAUAACAGUAAUUGUUUAGUGCGUUAUUAUAGGCAUACGCUAAACAUUUUAAACAGCACUACUAGUGUCUAGUGAAGCCAAGAACACUAUAGUACAGUAUAUACACUCCAUUUGAAACAAGCUAAAUGUUUGUUUCUAAAUAUAACCAAAAUUUGAAACACAGAUAGGUUAGUUCUGUUUAAAACAUUUAUACAGUUUUAGUGAAUGAGCAAAAUGCUCAAAUAAUAAUAAAAGGUUUGCAAAGAAACACAGCUGUCACUUCCUGUUACAUCCAUGUCUUGCAAUGUGGAGAAUUAAUGGUUGUUUUGUUGUUUUUGGUACGUGUAAUAAAAUUUGUAGACUUUUAUUUUGCCAUUAAAACAAAAAUCUAAAUUUCAA